CCACAAGAUCCAGAUAAUUGCAAUUGGCGGGUAUACAGUGCUUCUUCCUCUUCAGUCUAGAGCAGAAAUGGAAAUCUCCUCUGUGAAAAUGCUUUAUAAACAUCUCAUUUUCUGCGCCGUUCAACGAUGCCGCAUGUCCGAUGAUCUCUGCAGAUUAACCGUGAAAUUGACCUCCUCCUCUCGAUUUCGGCUCCCGAUCGUUCGAAUUUCAGUUUCUGAUACUGGUGUUGGGAGCAAACCGGAAGACUACCAAUAUUUGAAAUGCAGAAACGACCCUAUUCUGGCUAAUCAAUGGGAUGGGAUGAUUUCUCUUGCAACUACAAGCAUAUCUGAUAGUGAGAUACACAAUUUAAAUGUAAAUAUAAAAGAAUCUAAUUCUGCUGGAAGACUGACAAAGCUACCCUCGACUUCAAAGAAUGGUGCCAAAUUCAGUGGGACUGAAGUAUCAGUAUCAAUAUCCAAGAGCCUUGAUGACUUACUGGCAGAGGUUACUUGCUUUCUUCAAAAGAUGAUCCUUUUGAAGAUUCCGAAAGUAGUAAUGGAACUCUUAGUAUGUGGUGAUGACCCUUUGGGAUCACAGAUUGAACGUCGUAUUCUGGCAAUUGAGGGCAACUCUGUAUAUUCUCCUGUUGAAAGCAUAGAAUGCUUGAAAGUGGGACUCAAGGAUUAUAUUCGUAAGCACCAAACUUGCUUCUCAACUGGGGAAAAUCUGAAGGUUGGAACUGGGGUUGCUAACUCUUCAAGUAGUUCUCAGACCAAUAGCCAGGUGGCAGAAGCUGUGGUGAUUAUCAGUGAGAUGUUAGAAGUAGUAUCCUCUUCCUGCAUCAGGGAACAAGACAUGACAACAGAGAUCUUACAUUUCAAAGACUUUGUACCUUGUUCUAUUGCUCAGUCAUCCCUCGAUGCAUUGACAAGCAUCAACUGGAAAAGCUAUGGGUUGGCUCUGCGAAGCAUUGCAGAUCAUGAUGGUAGUGUAAUUCUGGAAUGGGAGAACCUGCCACCAGAUUUCCACAUUCAUAUUGCCAUCCAUUGUUACCACAGAAAGGUGAAACAGUGGGUGGCAGAAAACAUUUUACCUGAUCGAAAUCUUGCUAGAAAAGCUGUGAAGUGUGCUUUGGAUAACUUAAAGGAAAAUAAUCAAGGGGUUCUCCUAAGUACACGUGCACUUAAGAUGUGUGAUUAUGCACCUGACCUUGCAAAAACGCUUUCUCGACUGAUCUUUUCCUCCAAUGACUUGAACUUCCAAGAAGAAUGUUGUUCUCUUCUCGGGGUACAGUCUCAAGAGGUUAACACGGAUAAUGUUGGAAAUUGCAUCAGGGAGAAGAUAAUUUCGGUCAUUGGAUUAAAUGAUCGUAACUCCCAGAAGCAUAAAGAAGCCCCAACCUUCCUCUUUGAAGAUGAUUGUUUUCAGAAAGAGGAUUUCAUGGACGAGGAAUAUCAAGAAUGUGAAGAAGCUUACAACUCCUUGGAUCUGUAGAAGGCUAGGAGCAUUAUUAGAUGUCCAAUUAUUAAUUUCUCCUCUUAUUAUGUUUAUGGUUUAUCUCACAAACACAACUAUUCUAGUUACUUCUGUUAGGCUUUAUUAUUGCUAUGGAAGCAUACAAUAUGUAUGGACUUGAUGGUUUUUGAGUUUAUUUGUCCAAAUUAAGUAGAUAAACUGAUGCUCAACCAUCUCUACAACGUUGUGGUGAAAAAGAGAAUAUAUGUACUUCAAAAUUUCAUGAACUCAGUUAUUCCAUGUUAUUGAAUUAUCUAAGGAUUCGUUUUA